AUGGAUAAUUCGCCUACCGCCUUGUUCGACUCCUAUGCGCAGGACUUCCAACAACUGAUCAACUCGGUACGCGAGAAGCUUGAGGCUCCUACUACGAAUGGCGAACAACGCAAAGCUGCCCUUCGCCGUGUAGAAAUGGAGCUUGACGAGGCAGACGAGAUGAUUUCACAGAUGGAAGUAGAGAUCCAGUCGAUGCCCCAAAGCUUACGAGGGACAUACAAUACCCGUGUGCGCGGAUUGAAGACUGAGCUAGCGCGCUGGAAGAAGAGUGCCAAGGACCUACAUAUUCAAUCUUCUCGUACGGAGUUAUUCAACAACGCGACAUCGGGUGCCGAUGAUCCGUAUGGAGACGACGCAACCAAUCAGCGUACUCGGCUUCUCGCCGGAACUCAAUCACUAGCAGACUCUUCACGCCGCCUCGAAGAUUCACAUAGGAUCGCCCUCGAGACAGAAGAUGUUGGAGCCGAUAUUCUGCGCUCGUUGCGUGUUCAGCGAGAACAAAUUGAACACACAAGGGAUACGCUCGGCGGCGCUGAUCGAAGCAUCGAUAGGGCAAGUGGAACUCUGAAGCAGAUGAUAACUCGGAUGUACCGACAGCGAUAUAUUACCUGGGCGAUAAUCGCCAUUCUUGUGAUCCUCAUCGUCCUCAUCUUGUGGUUCAAGCUCAGCUAG